AUGACCCAAGAUAGGCCGAUCAAUGAAUACGAGAAUCUUCCUGUAAAUAGUCCUCUUAUCAACCUAGGUUUUCAUAUGCAACGGUUCAAAAGAGAAAUGGUACUUUCUGGUGAAGUACCUGAAUGGGUUCUGGAUAAUUUGAAUGAAUUACUGGAUAUUGUAUUGGAUAGUUGUACAAAGUUAGAGCUGAAAUUCGAAUACAAAUUUUCAAGAGUUUCCAACGUCUUAAACCGCAUUACAGGGAUGGAUGGAUUCAUCGUACCCUUUCUGGAUGGAACUUUGCCGCCUGCUUGUUGUGAAUUUAAAAGUGCUGAGGAGAUUGAUGGGAUUUCCAGACACAACAUGAUAAUGUGCUUAAAUGGGUAUGAUAUUGAAUUUGACGAAGAAGAGACACCUUCUUUGUUGAAAUCGAAAUUAAGAGAUGCCUUGGGACUUAUUGGAGCGAUUGAUUAUGUUUAUGAAUAUUCCGAUAAUUGGGAAUGA